UGUCAACAUGAAGAUUCUAAAACGUGGCCUUCAAAAAGAUGCUUCAGGUUUUGUAAGAUUAAUUUGUGAGGAAGAUGAGGAUAUGUGGCACGUUUUUAAUCUUAUUAGAAUUGGUGAUGUUGUUAGAAGUUCAACUAUGAGGAAAAUAACCAACGAAACGGCAACUGGGUCAAAAACUAGUCAACGGGUUCAAAUGAUUUUAACCAUUUCGGUCGAAACAAUUGAUUUUGAUGCAACUGUAUGUUCCUUACAUUUGAAAGGCAAAAAUAUCCAAGAAAAUCAACAUGUUCGUCUCGGUGCUUACCACACUUUAGAUUUAGCUUUAAACAGAGUCUUUACUUUGGAGAAACAAUGUUGGGAUGCAAUUGAUUUACACAGGCUGGAACUUUGUGCUGAUGUUGCUAAUAAAGCUGAUGUUGCUGGAAUUGUUAUGCAUGAAGGUCUUGCCAAUAUUUGUUUAAUAAGCUCUUCAAUGACUAUUGUAAAAUCUAAAAUUGAUAUGCAGAUUGCUAGGAAACGUAAAGGACUUUCCCAACAACACGAAAAAAGUUUAAAUUCGUUUUUUAAUGCGAUAACUGUUGCCUUUCUUCGGCAUGUUAAUUUGGAGCAAAUAAAAUGUGUAGUAAUUGCAAGUCCAGGCUUUUUACGAGAACAAUUUAUGGAAUUCUUUUGGCAAUAUGUAGAGAAAGAAGGGCUUAGACAAACAAUUUUUCCACAAAAAAGUAAAUUUAUUUUGCAUUCAUUAAAUGAAGUCCUUUCUGAUGUUGCUGUUAGUCAACGUUUGAGUGAAACUAAAGCACAAGCAGAAGUUAAAGCACUCAACACAUUUUUGGAAUUAAUGUGUACAGAUCCACAAAGGGCUGUUUAUGGUUAUAAACAUGUAAUUUAUGCUCGUGAACAGCAAUCUAUUGAAACUUUGAUGGUAUCAGAUUCUCUUUUUCGUUCAAAAGACAUUACUCAACGAAGAAAAUAUGUUCAAUUAGUUGAAAGAAUUAAAGAACAGGGUUCUAAUGUUCUCAUUUUUUCUUCACUGCAUGCAACAGGAGAACAAUUAACUCAAUUGACAGGUGUAGCAGCAAUUUUGCGUUUUCCAAUAGCCGAUUUGGAUGACGAAGAAUUUUGGGAAGAGGAUUAUGAAUUACAAAAACAAGAAAAUAAUGAAGAUAAUAAAAGGAUAGAAAAUGGUAGGGGAAUUUAG